AUUAUAGUUUAAUGGUAAUUAUGGCAAGAAUUACCGAAUUUCCUUAAUUUAUUCCCCUGCAUUUGAAUUUAGCAAUGAUUUAAUUUUAUUAAUAUUUCAACAUUUAAAUUUUUUUGUAAAAUGGUUAUUUUGUACUAUAUUAACUCAUUACACUUGAACAUUUCACUGUAUAAUAUUAAUUAAUAUUUAUCAUGCCUGCAAAUGAAGAAUUCGGAUAACAAUACCCAAAACUCAACCACAAACAUCCCUCAGAUGAAGAAUGAUUUGAAGGGGCUUGGUUCAUUUUUUGGUUAUUACAAUAAAAUUAUCAAGAAAAUUAAACUCAUUUCAAACCCCUUCAACUCCAAACCUACUACCACUGAUGGCGAUACUACUAGUGUAGGGAAUAUUGAGGAAAAUGAUGCUCCCACUGCUGACAAUACUAGCGAUGCAGUCGAUAUUGUUAAUAGCGAGGAUGGAGGAGUUGAGGACCUACUGGACGAGUUUAGAGGUUUAAAAGUUAGCGUAAGAGAUGAGGAGAUAAAUAAAUUAAAUGAAGUGUUAAGAAAAUAUCGUGAAAAGGAUAAUAAGUUAAAGGAAAAGCUAAAUAAAUUAAAAGUUUCAGCAGAGGAAUAUGACUACUUUCCAAAAAUCGGUGAUAAGGAUCACGAUAUCUGGGACCUUAAAACGCUCGCAGUACCGUACGAUGUUGAUACUCUCAACUAUAUACCCAUACUAUUCUAUAACAAAACUGUUAAUGGUAUGAAUGGGAAUAGUAUUGGUAGUGUCAGGGGCAGUAUAGUCGAGACUUUGAGGAGAGUUAGGGAAAUGGAAGGAGUAUUGGUGGAUAAAUUCGGAAUAGAAAUAACUAAAUCUAAUAUUAGUUGUCUCUUCAGCAAUAAUUGGCUCAAUGAUGAAAUUAUCAAUUUCUACCUACAACUACUACAAGACACAAAUGAUGGCGUUGUACCGGAUUGUUAUUAUUUUAGCACAUUUUUCUAUGAACGGUUAUCUGGCAGCGAGUCCAGCUAUGACUACAGUAGUGUACGACGGUGGACACGAAGGAAGAAGAUUAAUAUAUUCCAAAAGGAUUUAUUAUUAAUACCAAUAAAUGUAUCAAAAGUACACUGGGCCCUAGGAGUGGUUGACAUGCGGAGAAAGUGGCGCAGAAUAAUGGUAUUCGACUCUUUAGGAGGCACUAACCCACACUUUUUCAAAACUAUCCGACAAUACCUGCAAGAUGAACAUAAAGAUAAAUUUGAUUGUGCACUAAGCGACGUCAGUGAGUGGAAAGUUAGAAGCGGAUUCCAUUCUGAACCUUACGCGCCAGUCCAGCAAAAUUCAUACGACUGUGGAUUAUUCCUGUGUCAGUAUGCCAAGAGCAUAACAAUGGGAAGAGAAUUCAGCUUCACCAACUACACCUCGGAAUUUCUCAGAAACCUCAUGAUACACGAAAUUCUCACAUGUAAUAUCAUACCAAUAUAUUUUUCACAUUAUUUUUGGAAGUAG